AUGCCGAAGCCGAGAACAAAACGAGGUGGCGACCGCGAGAAGCGCAAGAGAUACGAGGAUGCGGAAGGGAAUUUCGACGUAGGAGCGAAGCGUCCGCGCCGAGAUGACGAGUACAACGGCAACGAGUACAACAAUGACAACGAAUACAACAACGGCAAUGAGUACGAAAAUGGCGAUCAGGAAUUCUCACAUCACCAGGGCGGUCCUGGCGAAAGGGAAUUCUUUGGCAUGCUUGCCGACGAUGAGCAAGAAUACUUUCGCCGCGCCGACGAGAUGCUUGAGCUGAACCAAUUCCCAACCCCCGAGGAACGAGACACCUUUCUGCAGAGCGUCUUUCGCGAAGCAAAAGGCAAAGAGUGCAAGAUCGCCAGCAGCCAGUCUUGCUCUCGCCUAAUGGAGCGUCUGAUACAGCUCGCUGAUACGGCUCAGAAGAAGCAAUUGUUCGAGGCAUUCGGCGGCCACUUCUUGUCGCUUGUGCAGCAUCGCUUUGCCAGUCACUGCUGCGAGGCGCUCUUCCUUCGCUCUGCCGGUGUUGUCACGCAGGAGCUGGCUGGAUUCGAAGAGUUUGUAAUGGACACCAAGGGAGCAGAUGUCGACGAACAGCAACCGGCAGCAUCCAUGGAGCGCCUGUUUUUGGCUACGCUGGACGAGCUGGAGGGAAGCUUGGGCUACCUCAUCACCGACCGAUUCGCUUCACAUACGCUGCGGGUGCUGCUGCUGGUGCUGUCCGGAAUGCCCUUGGAAGAACAGUCAUCGCGUACUCUCUUGAAGAGCAAGAGAAAGGAGAAGAUUACCGUUAGUGGAUCAUCGGCGGCGGAUGCGCAGAAUCAUGGCAAACGAGCUGUACCAGCAUCUUUUACCAUGGCGGCCAACAAGAUCAUGCAAGACGCUGUCUCUGGAAUGGAUGCCACAGGAAUCCAAGUUUUGGCCAAACACCCCAUUGGCAACCCAAUUCUCCAGCUCAUCUUGGAACUCGACUUGACGCUCAACAAGGGUGAGGCCAAGGGCGAGAAGGACAAGGCGGAAGAGCCUUCUGCGCCUUCUCUUCUCCAGCAGCUUCUUCCUGGAGCUCCCAAGUCACUGUCUGACGGUUCUUCUGCCGCUACUGAAUUUAUCAAUGGCAUGAUUUACGACCAGAUUGGUUCGCGACUCAUCGAAACACUCAUCACUCACGCGCCAGGAAAGAUUUUCAAAGCUCUCAACCAAAACAUAUUCCUACCCAGGAUACAAGGCUAUGUACGAAACGACAUCUCUUGCUAUCCUGCUAUCCGAGUGCUCAAGCGGCUAGGCAAAGAUGAUCUUGCCAAGGCUGUCGACCAAAUUGCACCGACAGUGCCUCAACUAGUCUCCAAAUCCAGAUACAAUGUCAUUGCAGCCCUCUUUGAGCGAUGCGCUGCCAGAAACAUCAAUGACGAAAUUAGAAAGCUAAUGAAGGGACUCAAAGAAGGAUGCGGUAAGCAGCCUGCGGACCUAGUAACGACUCUUUGCUCUCUUUCAACCAGUGAAGAGGAAGACAAGAAAAAGAAGAAGGAUGUGCAGCAGCUUAGCAAGAAUGAAUAUGCCAUCCAGUCUCACGGAGCCAACCUACUUACGACCCUGCUAUCAAUCUCUGGCCCCUCCAAGGGCGUUCAAGAGUCUGUUCUUGCUCUACCAUCCGACCUUGUCGUUCGCCUCGCCACUACUUCCCUACCUACCGUUACCGUUCUCACCACUGCAAUCGCAACACCCUCUACCAAUUCAAUCUUCCAAAAAGGCCUCGUUAACACGCUGCUACCGCACAUCCCAGAGCUAGCCACAAACCAGUACGGCCACAAUCUCAUCAACGCCAUAGCCGAGAUUCCUAGCAAGGGCAAGGACUGGAGCGUACCUCAUCAUAUUAAAGACAAGAUCAUGACCUCCCUAGGCGCGCAUGAAUCUACGCUGAGAGAGUCAUGGAUGGGCAGAAGCGUUUGGCGAACAUGGAAGGGAGACAUGUGGAAGACACGACGCUUUGACUGGAAGAAUUGGAUGAAGGAGCUUGAUGAGAUCAAGGCUCCGCAAGCUGCUGCCCCUAAGAACAAGGGAGAGCCAAAGGCCGAUGGGGGAAGAAAGGCAGCUAAGAGUGCUGAGGUGGCUGAAGAGGAACAGGACAAGAUGGAGGAAGAUGGAGAGACAAAGGAUGUAGAGGGCGAUGAGAAGAAUGAAGAAGAAGAAGAUACGGAGAAAAAGGCAAGGAAAGAGAAGAAGGAGAAGAAGGAGAAGAAAGAAAAGAAAGAAAAGAAGGAGAAAACAGAAAAGAAGGAGAAAAGGGAGAAAGGAGCUGAUGAAGUAGGAGAGGAGAAGGAAAAGAAGAAGAAGAAGAAGAAGUCCAAGAGUGAAGAUGUGGAGAUGGCCGAUGCCGAGUAA